CCACCAAACACCCAGCUAUCUCCCUCUGAUCCUUUAGCGAAACCACGCCCUCACAGUGAUGACUACAGCACCAUGAAGAAGAUCCCACCCCCUAAACCCAAACGCAGCCCUAAUACCAAACUAACAGGCUCCUAUGAGGAGAUCUCUGUACCCUUCCCUGCACGCCCCACAGACAUGAAACUUGUCAGCCUCGUACGAGGCGGCCACUGCUUGGGCCUUAUCCAGCGAGCAGCAUCUGCAGAUGGCCCCCAUUCUUCUGUGCUUAGUCUCUACCCCUGCCAAGAUGAAGAGGAUGUGUAUAUUGAGAUGGUAGGGGCUUCACGGGCCCUUAGUCUUGCUGACACUAAUAGCCCAGAGCCAGGCGAGGCAGUAUACGAAGAGAUGAAAUACUUCCCAAAUGACGAGAUGAUGUCAACUCCAGUGGUGAAACCUGAAGCUGUCAAUCCUGUACCUGCCCCAGUGCUAGAAAUUAAGAGGCCCGUGACCCUGAUUGAGCAGUCUGGCACCCUUGGAGGAAAGCAGCAGGGCAAGGAUGGGAUGCCAUGUGACAUCCCAGCUCCAUUCCCCAACCUCCUUCCACACCGUCCACCACUUCUGGUAUUCCCUCCAUCUCCUGUAACAUGCUCUCCUGCAUCAGAUGAGUCCCCUCUUACCCCUCUUGAGGUGAAGAAGUUGCCAGUGUUCGAGACCAAUCUCAACUACAGCAGUCAAGAUGGGGGCAGCCCACUGUCCCCUCAGUACACCCGACAAAGGGCUGACUCUUCCCCAAGUCUUUCCAUCUUAAUGCCAGACAAGUCCACACCACCAUUGACUCCUCCUCCCCCUCCUCCCCCAGCAGUACUUCCACCUCCCUACCGCCCCCCUUCUCACUUCCCCUUCCCCCCUGAGCCGAACUUCUUGGCUCUGACUCGUGCAGCUUCUGUGGCUACCACAGAAUCCCCCAAAGUCUCACAUAAAAUGGGGCACGGUCUGGCAGAGACACCUCCAAGCAGUUCUAAACCUCCCUUCUCCCCAGUAAAGACGUCGCGGCCAGAGCCCCGCCGAGCUCACUCCUCCUCUCUCUUCCCCGCUCCUCUUCAACCCUCCUUUCUCCGCAAGUCCACCACAGGAAGAAAGAUCAGAGACAGCGGACUCUCGAAUUCCAACAUUAACUUGCCAGGUCGAGAGGAUCAGGGCCCGAUCUCCCCAUCAGCACAGUUACAGGACAAAAACGCCAACAACCACACCUCUCCCAACUCCUCAAACCCUGCACCCAUUGAGAACGGCAACCAGAUCUCCAAUGGAACCUUGGAAGACGAGGGACAUCCGAAGCCUAUGGCGUCCAGCACCUCAACGUUACACAGGCACAUGGACAGCCACCACACUCAGGUGCCCCAGAGGUCACGUGUGUGUGGGGAACAGCGGGCCACUCUGCAGGAAUUACUGCGCUGGCGGAGAAGUGUCUGCGAUGGCCGACCAGACUGGCAGAAUGCUUGGCUCCACACAAACCCCUCACCCACCCUAACAGUCAAGACCAAGAGCCCCAGAAAGAAAGCAUCACCCUAGAGACUGUGGUCUUCCUGAGUUCACCUUCAGUUAAACCCCACUCCUUAGGC